CCAAAAAACAACCGAUCUGUGCUUUGCUUGGGGGAUGUGUGGUUCCAGUUUCUCGGUGCCUCUUAAACCCCAAACUACUUCUUCUUCUUAUCUUCUUCCUCCUCUCCUUUAUUGCUUAGUGGUCGAGAACCUUCCUCUGUGUUUGUCUCUUUAUGUCAUCAAAGGUUGCAUUUUUAUAUCUGGGUUUGGUCUUUUCUGUCUAAAGGGUCCUUUAAAAAUCAUUUCUUUCUUCCUAAAUCUCUUUUGCUUAAGACAUGAAGUAUUGGUAGUAUGGAGGGUUCUUCAGAAUCUAACUCCAGAGGAUUAAACACCUCUGGUGUUUCAGAGUUCUUACCAGCUGAGAGAGAUCGUUCUAAGUCCUUCUUGUCUCACAUUGGUUAUGUUAGAAGCUUACUUGGUUCACACAAAGAAGAUACCCUGAGAGCUGAUGAUAUUGUGAGAGCUUUGAAAUGCGAAGACGUUAGCCUGCGUCAGUGGUUAGACAACCCAGAACGAUCGGUGGAUGCGUUCGAGUGUUUUCAUGUUUUCAGACAAAUCGUUGAGAUUGUGAAUGCAGCUCACUCUCAAGGCGUUGUUGUUCACAAUGUUAGGCCGUCUUGUUUCGUUAUGUCUUCCUUCAACCGCGUUUCGUUUAUCGAGUCCGCUUCUUGUUCGGAUUCCGGGUCUGAUGAGGAAAGGCCAAAGGAAACAAUGAAGAAGUCUCAAGAGGUUGGUGGCUCGAGCAAAGAAGAAGAGUUUCAACCGUUUCCUAUGAAAGAGAUCUUGGCUAUGGAGAUGAGUUGGUAUACAAGUCCUGAAGAAGAUACUGGUUGUGCUAAUGCUUAUGCUUCUGAUGUUUACCGUCUUGGUGUUCUUCUCUUUGAGCUGUUUUGUCCUGUCUCUUCUAGAGAAGAGAAGUCAAGAACUAUGUCUAGCUUAAGACAUCGUGUUCUUCCGCCUCAGAUACUGCUCAACUGGCCUAAAGAAGCUUCCUUCUGCUUGUGGUUACUUCACCCUGAGCCUAGCUAUCGACCGUCCAUGAGUGAGUUGCUGAAAAGCGAGUUUAUCAAUGAACCUAGAGAGAGUUUGGAAGAGCGUGAAGCUGCGAUAGAGCUAAGGGAGAGAAUCGAGGAACAGGAGUUACUGCUCGAGUUCUUGUUUCUGAUUCAACAAAGAAAGCAAGAAACGGCAGACAAGUUGAAGGAUACGGUUUCGCUUCUUUCUUCAGACAUUGAUCAAGUCUUGAAAAGACAGCUGAGCUUGAAGCAAAAAGGAAACGAUGUCUUUUCGUUCUUGGUCUCAAGGAAACGGAUCAGACAAGGAGCUGAGGGAGUUGAAGCAGAGGAAAACGAGGACGAUGCUCUAGACAGCACGCUUCUUGAAAGCUCUCGGUUGAUGAUAAACUUCAAGAAACUUGAAUCUGUCUUCUUUGCAACAAGAUACAGACAAAUCAAAGCUUCUGCUUCUGCUUCUAAUGACAAACCGUUGGCAAGAUACUACUCAGCGUUGAGUAGUGAUGGUAAAAGUUCAGUAAGCAACCUGACACAACCGGAUUCUAGGCAAGGCGGGUGGAUUGAUCCAUUCCUUGAGGGUUUAUGCAAGUACUUGACUUUCAGUAAGCUGAGAGUGAAAGCAGAUUUGAAGCAAGGGGACUUGUUGAACUCAGCUAACCUCGUUUGCGCAAUUGGGUUUGACCGUGAUGGGGAGCUUUUCGCCACGGCUGGUGUCAACAAGAAGAUCAAGAUAUUUGAGUGCGAGUCGAUCAUAAACGAUGGCAGGGACAUUCACUACCCUGUGGUGGAACUAGCUAGCCGGUCUAAGCUAAGUGGUAUAUGUUGGAACAACUACAUUAAGAGCCAAAUUGCAUCAAGUAACUUCGAAGGCGUGGUUCAGGUGUGGGAUGUUGCAAGAGGACAGUUGGUUACAGAGAUGAAGGAGCAUGAGAAGCGUGUAUGGUCCAUUGAUAUAUCAACAGCAGAUCCAACAUUGUUAGCAAGUGGUAGCGAUGAUGGUUCUGUGAAGCUGUGGAGUAUCAAUCAGGGGGUCAGUAUUGGAACAAUUAAGACAAAGGCAAAUGUAUGCUGUGUCCAGUUUCCGUCAGACUCGGGUCGGUCUUUAGCAUUUGGUUCAGCAGAUCACAGAGUUUACUACUAUGAUUUAAGGAACCCUAAGCUUCCUCUUUGCACAAUGAUUGGUCACACAAAGACUGUAAGUUAUGUCAGGUUUGUAGAUUCAUCAACACUUGUGUCAUCUUCGACGGAUAACACUCUGAAGCUAUGGGACUUAUCGAUGUCUGUUUCUGGUGUUAAUGAAGCGCCUGUUCACUCAUUCAUGGGACACACUAAUUUGAAGAACUUUGUCGGAUUAUCGGUCUCUGAUGGCUAUCUAGCAACAGGCUCGGAGACUAAUGAGGUUUAUGUGUACCACAAGGCAUUUCCAAUGCCGGUUUUGUCAUACAAGUUCAAAACUGUAGACCCUGUGUCGGGGCUCGAAGUAGAGGAUGCCUCUCAGUUCAUAUCUUCUGUCUGCUGGCGCGGACAAUCUUCCACCUUAGUUGCUGCAAACUCCACUGGAAACAUCAAGAUUCUGGAGAUGGUAUGAACCAAAUGUGAUCCACGGAAAAAUAAUAGUUUUCAGAGGUUUCUUAUUCUUGGUUUGAUUGGUAUAGGAAACAAUUUUGGGAGAGCGAGUAGUAAAAGUGGAAACAUGGUUGCUA